UGACGACUCGAUUUAAGUCUCUAACUGUUUGACUACAGAUGCAAGAGUACUAUCCAACUCCAUCCUUUUGUCCCGGUGGUUUGAAUGGGUAAUUCAGCUUUUGUGUGGCUCAAUUGAGGGGGCAAACAUAAAGACAAGAUUCUUGAGCGCUCAAGCUCCUUUUCCAUGGAUAUCUGCACAUCUCUUUAGAGAUUUGUUCCAUUCCUACCUUUUUCUGACAUCACCCUCCCUUUGGUGGAUUUUUUAUUGGGGGGGGGGGAGCAGAGGCCCGGAUCAAGAACAGUUUAAAAAGUAGGCUAGCCAGGUCUUCGAAACUAGCAUUGUCCAGUGUUACUCAAGCAUGGCUACUGCCAGCCUUCAGACAGCUUUGGAGUAGUUUAGAGAAAAGGGCCUCAGCAAACUUGCUUUACUCAUCCUCAGCAUAUCAUGUUUGACUGUGUUUAAGAAAAGGGGGGCAGGGGGGCUGGAAAGGGGGGAAUGGUAGGCAUCACAGGGAAAUGAUCGUAUUUAUUAGCUGUCUUUCUGUGGCUGUCCCCAUGGUGACAAUUUGUGAUGGCAAAGAAUGUGAGAACGGGGAGCCUAAUGCCUGAUUGGGAUGCUUUGUAUUUGGCAAAGUGGCUUCUGAUUGGCCUGAGAAAGCCUCCUAACUAGAAGGACUUGAUAUUCAUUCAGUUUACUCAAGUGCCGCAAAACACUCACAGGGUCCGGCUGCUUCUCUAAAGGUUGGUAGUGUCUAACCUAUGUAACAAGAUUAGCUGGUGAGCUUCUUCUCUACCACAGUUACAGUAACACUCAAUAUUUAAGAGACAAUCUAGCUGGGAGGGUGUGUGUGUUUGACUUAUCGAGUGCCAAGAAAAUGAUGCAUAGAUUUCUAAUCAAUGGUUAAAUGCUACCUGUCUAACAAGAUUGACGAGUGGGGCCAUAGUAGUAGAAAAUGAUGACUGUAAGACUGGGAGAGAGGGGAAGGAAUAUGUCAGAUAGGGUAUGAGUGUAUGCAUCAGUGGCGAGUUUGUAAAAGGGUUGCAAAGAAAUGUGUGUUUAGUACAGCAGCACCUUGGUCCUGAGUCUAUAUGGGAAGAAACAAGCAUGUGAGACAAUACUUAUAUUUGGCUAGUUAUUGGGACCAAAUGCAUGUUUAUCUAAAGUUAUUGUCUCAAGUGCCGCUUUUGUAUUUUGCAUAGAGUAACCUGAAUGUGUGUGCAUGAGAGAAAGUGUGCAUGACACAAUUGUAUUUGGGUAUUGGAAUGAAGCUUUUAACAGCUUUGUGGAUAACUAUGUGAAGCAGCUAUCAAUGGCAUUAAGAAUGUGUGUCCAUGCACACACACACACAAAACAGCUGUGUAUAAUAGAUGUGUGAGACGUGGAAAAUGUCAAUAUGUUGGGCAUUUUCAUAAGCGACACUAAAAGCACAUCUUAGUCUCUCUUGCCCUAAGUAUACAUGUAGAUGUCAGUAAAGCAGCACUACAGCAAAAUCGGGAAGAGAGUCUUUUUUUCUUUUUAACACUGUACGUAACAUAGGCAGAACCUUUUGUGGGAAAGGAUAAAAAGGUCUUUAAUGUACAUGCAACAGACCUGCAGCACAAACCCAUGCCACUUCUUAACAUCAAACUAAACGCAUCUCCACUUUGCAUGCGGCUAAAAACAAAAGGGAUGCCGCCUUCUACUUUCACACGUUACAGGAGACACACACAUGCCCUGAAUCCCAUCCCACCACACGCGUUUGCAGAUGCUCCAAAUGCAUGGUGUGUGCAAAAGGGAAAUGUGAAAAUGGUGCGUGUCGGGUAUUUUAUCUUUGCAAAAGUUCUCUAGCGUGUCUGCCUUUGUCCCUUCCCUCAGGGGUUUAUGCCAAGGGCGACUUGUCGUCCCCCUUUAGCCCAGCCUAGUAGUUCCCAAACUUUUCCUCCCACAGACCACUUGAAAAUUGCAGUGUCUUGGAGGGGCCGCUUUAUUUAUUUAUUUUUAUUAUUAGCUUGUUGUAUCUAUUGCAAUGAUCCUCGCUCGAUGCUGCAUGAUUUUUAAUUGCCUUUUCACAGACACUCUGCAGACCACUGGGGGUGGUCCAUGGACCCGAGUUUGGGAACCACUGGCCUAGCCUGAGCAUCAUCAUCACCUGCCGUGUAACUCGGGGGUUGCGGAGCCACGCUGCCCGGGGAGCGCGGGGGCCGGAUCCCUCCUCUUCAUGGACGGGCCUUCCUCCCCGGUCUCGGAGCUGUGAGAGAUGGCCUCGGCCGACAGCGAAGUGAAGACUCUCCUCAACUUCGUCAACUUGGCCUCGAGCGACAUCAAGGCGGCCCUGGACAAGUCGGCUCCGUGCCGGCGCUCCGUCGAUCAUAGGAAGUACUUACAGAAGCAGCUCAAGCGCUUCUCCCAGAAAUACUCCCGCCUGCCUCGCUGCCACCAUCACCACCACCACCUGCAGCAGCAGCCGCCGCCUCAGCCCGCCAGGGAGCGGAAGGCGCCUGAGGAGAGAGCGCGAGGAGGCCUCGAGGCUCCUGUCGGCCGGGGCGACAGAGACAGCAAGGCCUGCAAGGCCGCAGAGCCCGGCGAGCAGCAGCAGGGCGUCUCUGAGGCGACCGCUAGGCCCGACCAAGUGCCCAUGAGGAAAAGGCAGCUGCCCGCCUCAUUUUGGGAAGAGCCCCGGCCGGCUCCGGGCCCUCUGGGCGGGAACGGCGUCGCCUUCCCGGCGGGAGCCGCUUCCAACUCCUCGUCACCGUCGUCGUCGUCCUCCUCCUCCAAGGACUUGCCCGCCCUUGAGGCAAAGAAAAGUAAAAAAAGCCCGGAUGGCGGGACGGUUAGCGCUGCCGAGAGCCCGCCGGGAAGCAGGCCGGACGCUGAGGCCGCGCAGGUGCUGAGCGCCUGGAGCUGCUGUCCAUUUCAGUACCACGGACCGCAAGCCUCUCCGGGCGUCUACCCGCCGCCGCUCGCCGCCUCCCUUCCGCCGGUAGGCCCCUUCCCGGGCCUGAGCCUGUGGAGGAAAAACGCGGCCUCGCCGGCGGAGGGAGAGCCCUUCCGCAAGGCGGACGGCGGCGGGGCAGGCCCGAAAGUGCACCGGCCGGUGGUGUGGAAGCCCAUCCCCACCAAGCCCGCCGCGCCGCCCCCCAUCUUCGGCGUCUUUGGGUACAUCUAGGCCUGGCGGGCCUGUAGUCGCCGCCGCCUUGCGAGGGCCUCUUCUCUCGCUGGACCGUCCGCAGCGCCGCCUCGCCGGCGAUGGAGGGAGCGGGGACAAAGGCCUGAAAGAAUGGCCGGCCUGAUUCUGCUCUCCCUCUCUUGUGUGGGGCGAGAAUCCGGACCCCCGCAAGGACGGACCACCCGCGUUCUCCCCCUGGCUGGGUUGGCCAAGGAGGCAUCAGGAACAAAAAUCAUGAUGGUGAAUUUAUUCAGGAGUUGGCUACCUUUUUUCCCCCUCCUCCCCCCCGUACAGUUGCAGAAGAGGAUGUGCAAGGAAAGUGCAAAGCUUCACUGCCACUAAUAUGGGCUUCUGCAAACGAGAACUGCGUUCCUCCUGGCAUGUAAAUACCAAGGGCACUAAAGCAAAUAAAAAGCCAAUGAGUUGUUUUCUUUGA